AUGCCACCAACACAGGCGGUGGUUGUGGGCGCGGGCGUGCUGGGACUUACCUCUGCCCUCUAUCUCCGGAAGAAAGGAUAUGCAGUGACAGUACUUGCCCGUGAAUUGCCAGAAGAUGCGGCAUCGCAGUCGUUUGCAUCACCAUGGGCUGGCGCUAACUGGUGCUCGUUUGCACGCAACAACAUGGCAGAGCGGCGCUGGGAUGAGUACACGUACAAGCAGUUCCAAAAGUUGGCCAAGGAGCUGCCGGAGGACUUGCUCACAUUCAUGCCUUUCACAUGCUAUGAUGUCAAGCCCAACGACACAGAGACGUAUUGGUUUGGUGAGGUGUGUGGUGGCAUCCAGGAAGAGUAUGCCCCUAAGCAUCCAGCAGCUGCUGAGGCACCCUACAUGUACAAAUUUCGCUCUCUCACGCUGGACGCCCCACGAUACUUGCGCUGGCUAGCCACGCAAGUUACCUGUCCCGGGGGCCAAGGUCCGCCCGGUAAGAUCGAGCGGGUUACCAAGCUGCGCAGCUUGAAAACGGCCGUCGACCUCGUACCUCGUGCUUCGCUGGUGGUGAAUGCCACAGGCCUGGGUAGCCAGGAUAUUCCAGAGGCAGCGGAGACGCAGGCGUAUCCCAUCCGUGGUCAAACUGUGCUUGUACAUGCGCCGCGCUUCCGUGAUGCCAAUGUGGCGCAUUGCGCCAGCAAAAUCAGCUCCCAGGGUGCUUCCUACGUGAUUCCUCGAGCCCGGAGUGGCUACGUCAUUCUCGGCGGCACAUUCCACAAGCAUGUGUCCAACCCACUCACGCCCGAUCAACAGGUGACAGAGCGCAUCCUCAAAGAUGCUGUGCAGCUCGCACCGGAUCUUCUGCCAGAGCACGUUCGUGCAGACGAUGCCGAUGCAUGGAAGUCUUUGGACGUGGUGGGUGUCAACAUUGGCGUUCGCCCCGCUCGUGCGGGAGGCGCACGUGUAGCACUGGAUGAGCAGCCACUAGAAAUGCAUGGUCGACGCGUAGGUGUGAUUCAUGCGUACGGUAUCGGCCCUGCGGGCUACCAGGCGAGUCAUGGCAUUGCCGCCGAAGUAUGCGAGUGGGCCGAUAGGUGGGAGGCCCAAGCGCGGCGGGCGCACUUGUAG